CCUCACUUCGCCAUCGAACCUGACGCCAACGUAUUUCAUCUUUUUGAAUAUCUGCUGCAUCUCUUACUGCGCCUCGCUCUGUUUGCGUUUGCAUAUGAGUUUCUCCGUUAUAUCUUCAUGUGAGACGUGAGCAGCAAUGUAAAGCGGUUACACGGCAGCGUCCAAUCCAAUGCCCACCUUGCAAUAGUAACAUUUAGGACACCUCUCUCUCUCUCUCUCUCUCUGUCCCGAUCAUCAAGGGCGACAGCCAGACACGCUCCUCGCCCGUCGCCAAACAUGAAGACCCUGUCCAUGACCCUGCUGCCCCCGGGCAGCCGCCGGCUGUACACACUCUGCCUUCACCUCGCCGUCGGGGCCUCCAUAUGGGGCUACAACAUCGGCAUCCUGUCCUCGAUCCUGGUGCACCCGGGCUGGAGGGCCGCGCUGGGCGGCUCGCCGUCGGCGUCGCAGCGCGGGCUCAUCACGGGCAUCUACUACCUCGGCACGUUCCUGUCGUACGUGCUGCUGUCGCACCCGCUGGCGGACUGGCUCGGCAGGCGGUACGCCGCGCUGGCGGGCACGAUGGUGCUGUGUCUCGGUGCGGUGGUCAUGGCCAGUGUGAGGGACGGAGGCAGCAGCACCGGCGGCGGCGGAGGAGGAGGGGCCGUGGCCGCCAUGGCGUGGGGGAGGUGGAUUUGCGGCGUGGGCGUGGGAGUCGUGAGCACGACGGUGCCGCUCUAUCAGAGUGAGGUGUCGCCAGCCAAGGAACGAGGCAAGUUCGUCACCAUGAACCACGUCGGAUUCAUCACGGGACUCGCCACUGGCCUUUGGGUCGGCUAUGGCAUGACGUUUUGGAAAGGCCCCCAGGGCGAGUUCUGGGGCUGGAGGGUGUCUAUCCUGAUCCAGCUGUUGCCGGCCAUCGUCUUCGCUGUCGGAUUGCCCUUUCUCCCCGAUACACCGCGAUGGCUCGUCGAAAAGGGCCACAUGGAGCGCGCCCGCAAGGUCCUCUUCUGGCUUCGCGAUGGUACCACCUCCCGCGAGGCCAUCACUCACGAGCUGCACGCCAUCAGCGCCGACGUCGAGUCCCGCCACACGGCCCUCGCCUCCGCCUCGUCUACCACCACCACCACGACGUCAUCAUCGCCCUUCGUCGCGCUGACGCUGUCGCUCUUCCGCGAGCCCGCCCUCUUCGCCCGCCUCUGGCGCGCCUUCCUGCUGCAGUUCAUGGCGCAGAUGUGCGGCGCCACCGCCAUGAAGUACUACCUGCCCGCGCUGCUCAAGGCGCUCGGCGUGGAGACGCGCGUCGCCCUCAUGGCCGGCGCCGCGGAGAUGACGGUCAAGAUUGGCAUGACGGUCCUCGAGAUGUGGGUGAUUGACCGGUUCGGGAGGAGGGCAUGCCUCGUGGGCGGCAGUCUGGUCAUGGGCGUCGCGAUGCUGAUCAACGGAGCGUUGCCGCUGGCCUUCCCCAACAAUGCCAACAAGGCCGCCGACGUGGUGUGCAUCGCCUUCAUCUUCAUCUACGCCAUGGGCUACAGCCUCGGUCUCGGACCCGCCGCAUGGGUAUACAGUUCCGAGAUCUUCCCCACGUCGGUCCGCGCCCGUGGCCUCAACUUUGCCGCCUCGGGCGGUUCCAUCGGCAGCAUCAUCGUCGCGCAGGCCUGGCCCGUCGGACUGGCGCAUCUCGGCAGCGGCAUCUACUUCUUCUUCAUGGCCGUCAACUUCAUCUGCGUACCUGUCAUCUGGAUGCUUUACCCAGAGACAAAAGGCCGUGCUCUCGAGGACAUGGAUAGCCUUUUCGGCAAAGCAACCGAUUCUCGGUUCCACAGCUCAGCUUACUUGCAGCUAGAUGGCUCUGAGGCAGGCGAUGAGUGGACGGGAGACCAUGCUGGCACCUCGGGGACGUCUUCGGGGCGAGCGCGCCCGCGCAACCAACGCAGGGGAAACACAGAGCAGGACGAAGAGGAGGAUGCGCCACUCCUGAGUCGGUAGGGUGCGAUGAUAGGCUACGGCUUGCAACGUUUCGCGCCUUGCACGCAUAGUGCUAGCCUAGCUCAACUUUCAACGAUGACAUGU